UGGGCGAUACGAGAAGGUGGAUCUUACCUCUGCACCUUUUCUGCGGUCCCCUAUCUGUUUGUCAUCAUGAGUAGUGAAUUCCUGGCGGAGCUGAAUUGGGAGGAAGGGUUCGCCAUCCCGGUGGCGAACGAGGAGAACAAGAUACUGGAAGAUCUGUUGUCAAAGCUGCGGGAUGAAAGGUCAAGCUUUCAAGAUCAGCUACGUGACUAUGAAGACCGAAUUAAUGCUAUGACUUCUCACUUCAAAAAUGUUAAGCAAGAGUUCUUAUUUACCCAGUCUCUUUGCAAAGCCAGGGAGCAUGAGAUUGAAAGUGAAGAACAUUUUAAGAUGAUUGCUGAAAGAGAACUGGGACGAGUGAAGGAUGAAAUGCAACGACUGGAAAAUGAGAUAACUUCAAUACGGGAAAAGAAAAGUGAUAAGGAAAAUUACAUAUUUAAAACUACUCAAAAACUGGAUGGUUUGAAAUGUCAAAUGAACUGGGACCAGCAAGCAUUGGAGGCAUGGCUGGAAGAAUCGGCUCAUAAAGAUAGUGAUGCCCUCACUCUUCAGAAGUAUGCACGACAAGAUGAUAAUAAAAUUAGGGCACUGACCCUGCAAUUAGAAAGGCUGACAGUGGAAUGUAAUCAGAGAAGAAAGGUACUUGACAAUGAACUUGCAGAGACUCUAAGUGCACAGUUAGAAUUGGAUAAAGCAGCCCAAGAUUUUCGUAAGAUUCAUAAUGAAAGGCAAGAACUCAUUCAACAGUGGGAGAACACAAUAGAACAGAUGCAGAAGAGAGAUCGAGACAUUGAUAACUGUGCCUUGGCAUUAGCAAAGAUAAAGCAGGAAAUAAGAGAAAAAGAAAAUUUGGUUAAGGAAAAGAUCAAGUUUUUGGAAAGUGAGAUUGGGAAUAACACAGAGUAUGAGAAAAAAAUUUCUGUUGCUGAUCGUAAAGUUUUAAAAUGUAGAACGGAAUAUCAAUGUCAUGAAACUAAUAGAAUUCAGCUGAAGGAUGAGCUGGAUUCUUUAAAAGCCACUGUGAAUAGAAGUUCCAGUGAUUUAGAAGCUCUGAGGAAAAAUAUUUCCAGAAUAAAGAAGGACAUUAAUGAAGAAACAACAAGGUUACACAAAAUUAAAAAUCAUAAUCAGAUUGUAAGAAAAAAAUUAAAGCAGAUAACUGAGAAAACUACGUCUGUAGAGGAGAAAGCUACCAACUUGGAAGACAUGCUAAGGGAAGAAGAAAGAGGUGCGAAAGAAGUAGAAGUUCAGUUGAACAUAGUGAAGGAUGUGCUAUUUAAGAAAGUUCAGGAAUUACAGACUGAGACAAUGAAAGAAAAAGCUGUUGUAUCUGAAAUUGAAGGAACCCGUUCUUCUCUAAAGCACCUCAACCAUCAGUUACAUAAACUGGACUUUGAAACCUUACAGCAGCAAGAAAUUAUGUACAGUCAGGAUUUUUACAUUCAACAAGUGGAACGCCGAAUGUCACGGUUAAAGGGAGAAAUUAACUCAGAAGAAAAACAAGCCCUUGAAGCAAAAACUGUUGAACUUCAAAAGACAUUGGAAGAGAAAAAAUCUACAUUUAACCUUUUGGAAACACAGAUCAAGAAGCUUCAUAAUGAUCUUUACUUUAUCAAGAAGUCAAAUAGUAAAAAUCGUGAUGAAAAACAGUCCCUCAUGACCAAAAUAAAUGAACUAAACCUCUUCAAUGACAGAUCAGAGAAAGAACUUAAUAAAGCCAAAGCUUUGAAACAGGAUUUGAUGAUAGAAGACAAUCUUUUAAAACUUGAGGUUAAACGUAUUCGAGAAAUGCUUCACAGUAAGGCAAAAGAAGUUCUUUCUCUGGAAGAAAGAAAACAGCAAUUACACACUGCUAUGGAGGAACGGACCGAAGAAAUUAAGGUUCACAAAAAAAUGCUUGCAUCACAAAUAAGAUGUGUUGAUCAAGAACGGCAAAAUAUAAGUGCUGAGUUUCAUGAGCGGCUAAGUAAAAUUGAUAAGCUGAAGAAUAGAUAUGAAAUUCUUACUGUUGUUAUGCUGCCUCCUGAGGGAGAAGAGGAGAAAACGCAGGCCUAUUAUGUAAUAAAGGCUGCUCAAGAAAAAGAAGAACUUCAAAGGGAAGGUGACAGUUUGGAUGCUAAGAUCAACAAAGCUGAAAAAGAAAUCUAUGCUCUAGGAAACACCUUGCAAGUGCUGAACAGCUGCAACAACAAUUACAAACAAUCUUUUAAGAAAGUGACUCCAUCUAGUGCUGAGUAUGAGGUAAAAAUUCAACUAGAAGAACAAAAGAGAGCUGUUGAUGAAAAACACAGAUACAAACAAAGACAAAUCAGAGAACUACAGGAAGAUAUCCAGAGCAUGGAAAAUACUUUAGCAGUUAUAGAACAUUUAACAAAUAAUGUCAAAGAAAAAAUAUCAGAGAAGCAAGCUUAUGCACUUCAACUAAGGAGAGAAACUGAGGAGCAGAAGCCAAAAUUAGAGAGAGUAACUAAACAGUGUGCAAAACUCAUCAAGGAAAUCCGUCUUUUGAAAGACACGAAAGAUGAAACACUAGAAGAACAAGACAUCAAACUUCGUGAAGUGAAACAGCUUCACAAGAUCAUUGAUGAAAUGUUAGUUGAUAUCACAGAAGAAAAUGCUGAGAUUGGUAUUAUCCUUCAAACAUACUUUCAACAGAGUGGUUUAGCACUACCUACAGCUAGUACUAAAGGGAGUCGUCACAGUUCUAGAUCUCCUUCCCAGACUUCACUGGUAUCAGCAAGGUCAUCUAAGAGUACAAGUACUUCUGCUUCUCAGACUUCAAUUAAAGUAUUAGAGCUGAACUUCCCAGCCUCUUCACUAACUGGCAGCACUUCUAGACCAACUAGUGCUAGCAGUGGCUCCAGUAAUGGUAAAAGCAAAAAGAGCAGCAAAUAA